UAAACCCCUACACUUCCUGCUACUUGCUAAUACGGUAGAUAUAAACAAAUACAAUGCCAUCUUUAAGUUGUAAAGUUGCCCUUGAACUUUGUGUCAGACGUCCCACCAUAUUACUCGGAAAAAGAGACAGAGAUGCGCGUAGUAAACGAACGUUUAUGAAGAGCAAGCCGAGAAUGGUCUUGUAAGUCUAAGUAACGUACCAAUAAAGCCAACUAAAAUAACAGGAACCAGUCCUUACAAAUGUACUACUUGUUGUGGUGGAUGCAGCGAUAGUUUAAAUAGUACCAGGUUAAAACUAAGUUACUAAUACUAGGUUCCCACACCGGUUGCAGAGUGGGAUAGAUAUAUACAACUUCUGCUCUAUCCCACUACUACUGAACAGCCUGUUCAGCCACUUCACACUAUCCGUCCAGUCAUGGUAGGAAUGAUCAAAAUAAUGCUAAGACUGAGGACACCUCUGUGCUUCUAUAGCGCUGUCUCAUUUACAGCCAGAUUUUCACACGUGGUCUUCCAGAGCCCAUUUCGUCCAUUUCUUGUCUGUGGCUCUGCACAUUUUUUGAAUCCCUGUCGCAAGUUGCACAUUGGUGCAGAUGGAAUGAAGUCUUCUCCAGAUGCAGCUCCGCAGAGGUUGCCUUUUUCCAGGGUAACUGAGGAAGAUUUGACCUUUUUCAAGAAGAUCCUACCAGGCAGAACAAUCACUGACCCUGACCUGGUGGAGGCCAGUAAUGUGGACUGGCUCAAGUCUGUGCGAGGUUCUGGUGAAGUGUUGCUGAGACCUCAGACAACUGAAGAAGUAUCUCAAAUUCUCAGGUAUUGUAACAGUCGCAACUUGGCAGUGAACCCUCAAGGAGGUAAUACUGGACUGGUUGGUGGCAGUGUGCCAGUUUAUGAUGAGAUCAUCCUUUCCACCUCCCUGAUGAACAACAUACUUAGUUUUGAUGAUAUCUCUGAUUUGAAUGUUUCCCUUCCAGGUAUUCUGACCUGUCAGGCAGGUUGUGUAUUGGAGAACUUGUCACUCUACUUGGCAGACAGAGACUAUAUCAUGCCUCUGGAUCUUGGGGCAAAAGGCAGUUGUCAGAUUGGGGGCAAUGUGGCAACUAAUGCGGGUGGAUUGCGGCUGCUGCGAUAUGGCUCCUUACAUGGGACCGUGCUGGGUCUUGAAGUGGUUUUGGCAGAUGGACGGGUGCUGGACUGCUUGGCAACACUGCGGAAAGAUAACACAGGAUAUGACCUCAAACAACUCUUCAUAGGGUCAGAGGGCACGUUAGGAGUCAUUACUGCAGUGUCCGUCCUUUGUCCACGAAAACCCAGAUCUGUCAACGUGGUUUUCCUGGGCUGUGAGACCUUCGAGCAGUUACUGAAGACAUUCCAGCUCUGCAGAGGCAUGCUGGGGGAAAUUCUGUCAGCUUUCGAGUUCCUGGACAGUGAAUGUAUGAGGCUGCUGAACACACACUUAAAACUGCCCAAUCCCAUCUCUGACUGCCCAUUCUACAUUGUAAUAGAAACUUCUGGAUCUGACCCAGACCAUGAUGCACAGAAACUCCACAACUUUCUAGAGGAAGCGAUGACAUCAUUGUUAGUUACUGAUGGCACAGUAGCAACUGAGGAUGCAAAAAUAAAGGCUCUCUGGUCAAUGCGUGAACGUGUGACCGAGGCGCUGACUCAUGACGGCUUCACGUACAAGUAUGACAUCUCGCUUCCUGUGGAGCGGAUCUACCAGCUGGUGACGGAUAUGAGGCAGCACCUGGGGAACCGGGCCAAGAGUGUAGUGGGAUACGGACAUGUAGGUGAUGGCAACCUCCACCUGAACAUAACCACUCCUGCGAAGGACCCUGCUGUCUUGGCUGCCAUUGAGCCAUUUGUUUUCGAAUGGACAGCCAACUUUCAGGGCAGCAUUAGUGCAGAACAUGGUCUGGGGCUUAAGAAGAGGAACUACAUUUACUACAGUAAACCGAGCCAGGCUGUAGCCCUGAUGGGUAACAUCAAGGCCAUGCUAGACCCCAAAGGCAUCCUCAACCCAUACAAGACUUUACCAGAUAAUCUGUAAUAAAUGUGAGGUGAUGUGUAUGAGUCCUGAGGAGUUUCAUAAGCGAUGAACUUUCUGUCACAUGGUUUUUGUGGCAGCUGCUUCCUUUUCCUGUCAUAAGGUGAUGUGUUUUAAGUUUAAAACUAAAGUCAUAUUUUGCACAAGGCAUCACCCUCAUAAUGUCCAUUUCAGUAAACUGCUAAAAAAGGAGUCAUGGUUUGAAUAAAGAUUUUAAUCUACCUCUGCUCUGAUGGAGGAAAGGAUAAAAUUAAAAGACUUUCAGAGUUGUUGAGAAGUAGAAUUUUGAUAGUCUAAUGUGCCAGCUGGUUUCCACUAGAGGUCAGCCAUGGCACAUCAGUGUAAGUAGAUUUAUGUUUGGUUUUACUGUAAAAUUGUGUGUAUAAGCAUGUAUUAGAAUAGUGUAAAUAUUAGUUGGUGACCAGCUCUGUUUCCAUCAGCCAAGAUGCUCUGCAUUUAAAUGUAAGACUGAGGAAGUCAACAACUGAAUGUAAACAUAAGUCUAAUGAAAACAUUUAAAAUUGUAUACCUCUAAACACAUUAAAAUCAUUACGCAUACUGGAUAAUCAUAGGCAAGAGUGCAGUAAAUGUUUUAUUACAUAUAAAAAAGAUGAAGCAACAUUUUUUUCCAAAACAAAGCCAGCACUUGUGAACUAAUUCAUUUGUACAUCUAGGCAAUUUCUUAAGUGUUCAAACCAGUUUUCAAUAAAAUAGUUUCCAGAUGAAGUGUUUCAGUUUUCAUCACUCAGGCAACUUGUACAGUGUGGCAUUACUGGAUAAGAGCAGCUCGCUACAUAAAGAACUUGCCUCUAUCAUUAA